GGAUAGAGGAAGAACCCCUUACCCAGAAAAUACUUCCGGGUGAACGAGUUUUUUUUUUUCUCCCCAUUUAUUUUAGUUAAUAUUUGCAUGGUAAAAUUGAAAAGAUGGUUUAUGAAGAAAAGCAGGAAUCAGUUAAAGAAAAUGGAUUUAAAAAGAAAAGAAAGAAACACAAAACUGAUGAAAGCAAAGUAAAACACAAAAAGCGUAAGACCAGCAGUUGUGGUGAUGAUGAUAAGGAGGAGGAAAUGUUACACCAUGAAAUUAAAAAAAAGAAAAAGAAGGCAAAACACAGAGAUGGGGAUCCAAAUUUGCUUAAUGAUAGUGAACACGAUACAAGAAAAAGAAAAACCACUAAGCUGGAUGAGAGUAAGGAGAUACCAAUAGGAUCUAGGGAUAAGGAUGAAAGUGAGAAGUUGAAAAAGAAAAAGAACAAGCAAAAAACAUGCAAAACAACUAGCCAAGAGAAAACACUUUCACCACAGUUGCCUGAAGAAUACAGAGAAGUAGUAAAGGUUAAAUCAAAAAGCAAAAAAAAGAGAGAACUAUUUAAAUCUGAAACAAGUGGAGAGUUGUACUGCACUGAACAAAAAAGAGAAGAUAUUGGAGAGCACUUCAGUGUGGAAGAUAAUAAAGCAGAUGUGAAGAAGAAAAAAAAGUCAAAAAAAACAGAACUUGCAGAGUGAGGGAGAAACAAAAAAAAUUAUACUUGAUCCACAGGAGCAGAGUGUGGAAUAUAUGAAAAAAGUGGAGAGCUUGGAUAAAAAGCCCCAUCAUAAGAAGAAAAGAAAAACUUUUGAUAAUGAUGUGGGGUUAAAAUCAGAAGAGAAGGUAGAAGAAGAA